AUGCGGCCGUCGUCUCGAAUCCAUUGCGUCAUUCAUCGCUAUCCUGGAAAUAUAUCCGCCUCGUUGCCAGCCUCCACCGUUGCGCGAUUCUUCUCCAGCUCGAACACUAAUUCACGAAGACUUGCUCCUCAAUCUACUGGAUCACACCAUCUCUACAGGAAUACCGACGUCGAAUACUCUCACAGUCGCUCGUUGGGUCUGACACAGACGUGCUCACCUCACCGCCGCACUUCCCCGGCAGCGCAAACUUCUUGCACACCCGCAACGGUUCCCCGCCAAAAGAAAUUCUUCUCUACCACCUCCUUCGCCAUGUCCUCCGAUGAUGCCUACAUGUCCUUCUUGGACAAAGCCAACGCCGAUCUCAACGCCGGCCAGCCUCAACGGCAAGGGACCAGUGACACCGCCCGGACCGAGACUGUGGAUGCAAACACUCAAGUCCCUGCACCACUUCAGUCGGUGGAUGUAUACUAUGUGUCGGAUGCCGAUGAGCCCUUUGAGCCUGUCGCCCUACGAUGGGCGGGCGCAUCGAAGGGUGACUGGCCGAAUGCAGAACAAUUCUCCCGCCUGAUUUCCCCCGACGCGGAUCUCUCCAAGUCCAUCUCCACUCUGAGCCCAUCCUCGUUCGACCCGAAGGACCAAUAUAGCUCUGUCCUUCAUGCCGUGCGGUCAGCGGCGGUUGAGAAGGACUCCGAUGCCGACCAGUCGAAUGUCGAGGUCAAGAUCUACCGAGUUGAAUUGACCAGCACCAAACUGGAGUACUGGGUUGUGGCAUUAGAUGGGGUUGAGGGGCGUGUUGUAGGCCUCCGAGCCAAAUCCUUCGAGUCUUAG